CAUUUGUUCCCUGCUCUCAGGCAGACAGUCUUGUUUGCUUUGUGGUGAAGCUAAACAGUAGUUGAGCAGUUGACUUCAUUGGAAAAUAUUAUUUCGAAAUUCAGCUUGCUUUCUCGUGCCAGUGAUCUGCAGAGAAGGGACCUGCGGAGUCUGUGCCUGGAGUUUGGAGUGCAGUGCUGCGUGGAGUGGUCCUGUCACCAGAGGAGCUGGAAGGAAUGACAACAUGCCUGCUUUCAGGCUGCGCUCUGGCCUGCUGCUUGUGCUGGCGUUUUUCUGUUCUACAAGUUCACCAUGUGGCCUGUCAACACACAUAGAAAUAGGACACAGAGCCCUGCAAUUUCUUCAUCUGGAAGAUGGGCGUGUUAACUACAGAAAGCUGCUGUUAGAACACCAGGAUGCCUAUCAGGCUGGGGCCGUCUUUCCUGACUCCUUCUACCCUGACAUCUGCAAGGGAGGAAAAUUCCAUGAUGUGUCAGAGAGGACUCAUUGGACUCCGUUUCUGAAUGCAAGCAUUCAUUAUAUCCGAGAGAACUACCCUCUUCCCUGGGAAAAGGACACAGAGAAACUGGUAGCUUUCUUGUUUGGAAUUACCUCUCACAUGGUGGCCGAUGUCAGCUGGCACAGCCUAGGUAUUGAACAGGGAUUUCUUAGGACGAUGGGAGUGAUUGAUUUCCACGGCUCCUAUUCUGAGGCCCAUACAGUGGGUGAUUUUGGAGGAGAUGUGAUGAGCCAGUUCCAGUUUAAUUUUAAUUACCUUGCAAGACGCUGGUACAUACCUAUCACAGAUCUACUGGGAAUUUAUAAGAAACUCUAUGGUCGAGAUGUCAUCACCAAGAAUGUCAUUGUUGAUUGUACACACCUUCAGUUCUUGGCAAUGUAUGGUGAGACAUUUGCUGUUUCCAAGUUGUAUUCCACGUACUCUACAAAGUCCCCAUUCCUGGUGGAACAGUUCCAAGAGUAUUUCCUUGGAGGCCUGGAUGAUAUGGCGUUUUGGUCCACUAACAUCUAUCGGCUAACUAGCUUCAUGUUAGAGAAUGGGACCAGUGACUGUAGCCUACCUGAAAACCCUCUGUUCAUUGCAUGUGGUGGCCAGCAGAACAACAGCCUCAGCACAAAAGGUCAGAAGAGUGACUUUCAUAGGAAUUUGACCAUAUCCUUAAGUAAAGAUAUUGGAAAAAAUGUAAACUACACUGGACGAGGAGUGUUCUUCAGUGUGGAUUCCUGGACCCCGGAUUCUGUAUCCUUUAUGUACCAGGCUCUGGAGCAGAAAUUACGGAUGAUGUUUUCAGGCAGCUCUCAGAAGACACUGAAGCAUGUCUCCAGCCCCUCAGCCUCUUACUUCUCCUCAGUUCCCUAUGCCAGGCUUGGUUGGGCGAUGGUCGCGGCGGAUCUCAAUCAAGAUGGCUACAGUGACCUCGUGGCAGGUGCACCAGGCUACAGCCAUCCCGGCCGCUUCCAGAUCGGGCGUGUCUACCUCAUCUAUGGCAAUGAACUGGGCCUGCCCCCCAUUGACCUGGACCUGGACAAGGAGGCCCAUGGGAUCCUGGAGGGCUUCCAGCCUUCAGGUCGGUUUGGCUCAGCCUUGGCUGUGUUGGACUUUAACAAGGAUGGGGUGCCUGACCUGGCCGUGGGAGCACCCUCCGUGGGCUCAGAGCAGCUCACAUACAAAGGUGCAGUGUAUGUCUACUAUGGAUCCAGACAAGGGAGACUGCCUUCUUCCCCGAACAUCACCAUCUCCUGUCAGGAUGUUUACUGCAACUUGGGCUGGACACUCCUGGCUGCAGACAUGAAUGGAGACAGUGAGCCAGACCUGGUGAUUGGCUCCCCUUUUGCACCAGGUGGAGGGAAGCAGAAAGGAAUUGUGGCUGCAUUUUAUUCUAGCCCCAGCCAGAGUGACAAAGAGACGCUGAGUGUGGCAGAGGCUGAUUGGCUGGUGAGAGGUGAGGAAGACUUCUCCUGGUUUGGAUACUCCCUUCACAGUGUCAUGGUGAACAACAGAACCUUGCUGCUAGUCGGAAGCCCAGUCUGGAAGAAUAUUACUAGGCUUGGCUAUUUAUUCCAUGGUGCUAGUGAGAAAAAAAGCCUUGGAAGGGUGUACGGCUACUUCCCACCAAAUUGCCAAAAGCAGUUUAUCAUUUCUGGAGACAAGGCAAUGGGAAAACUGGGCACGUCCCUGUCAAGUGGCCAUGUGAAGGUGAACGGGAUCCUGACACAAGUGCUGGUGGUUGGGGCCCCAACUCACGAUGAUGUGUCUAAAAUGGCAUUCCUGAAAAUGACCCUGCACCAAGGCGGAACUACUCGGCUUUAUGCACUAACACUGGACACGCAGCCCUCUCUGCUCAGCACCUUCAGUGGAGACCGUCGUUUCUCUCGCUUUGGUGGAGUUCUACACUUGAGUGAUCUGGAUAAUGAUGGCUUAGAUGAAAUCAUUAUGGCAGCCCCACUGAGGAUAACAGAUGUAACCUCUGGGCUGCUUGGAGGAGAAGAUGGAAGAGUGUAUGUAUACAAUGGCAAAGGGACCACCCUCGGAGACAUGACAGGAAAAUGCAAAUCUUGGAUAACUCCAUGUCCAGAGGAAAAGGCUCAAUAUGUACUAAUUUCUCCUGAAGCAAGGUCAAGGUUUGGGAGCUCUCUGAUCUCCGUGAGGUCAAAGAAAGAGAACCAAGUUGUCAUUGCUGCUGGAAGGAGUUCUUUGGGAGCACGGCUCUCAGGGACACUUCAUGUCUAUAGCCUCAGCCCAAACUGAAGACACUCCAUUUUCCUAUUCCCUCCCUCUCUCAUGGAGUCCUCUUCAGGGAGACUACUCUGGUGGGCAAGCUGGCAUAUCCAGUGGCUGACUUGUGGAAGAGACAUGCUCUAACAGCCAAAAUGUCUGCAAAUAUGGCAAUGUGCAUGACUGCACUAAAUGUAUGUAUUCAUUCCUCUUCCAAAUUUCACUUGUUUGCUUCUGCAUCUAAACCUUUGUUCUUUCCACUUGAACACCUAUGUGUGUCUCCCUGAGACCUGGAAAGGUUUCCUGUGGUUAUGUCUUAGACAAUCUUAUGUAGUUCCUUAAAGAAAACAAAAAAAGCUAACCACAAACAACCCCUUUUUGUUAUGGUGGCUGAUUGUAAAUGUCUCCCAGAGCUAAUAUGUUGAAAGCUUGGUCCCCAGCUAACAGUUGUUGGGAGGUGGUGGAAACUUAUGGGUGAGGCCCGGUUGGAGGAAGUUACAUUAGGACUCCAGGCUUUCCUUUCUUUUUGCUUCCUGACUGUCAUAAAGCAAGCAGCUUUUCUCUGCCAUGGCUUCUACCAUGAUGAACUGCUAAAUGACUAUGAACUGAAACUGUAAGGCAAAAUAAACAUUUCCUCUGUUAACUUUAUUAUCUCAGGUAUUUUGUCACAUUCAUAGUACACACAGAAGAAUUGAGGGAGGAGGGGAAAUAGUACAGAGGAAGAUAAGGGGGUGAGACCACCUCCCACUCUCAAAUCACUUGUGCUUUGGUUCUUUUAAUGAGGACUAUUGCAUUUUCCACAUGUUAUAUAAUAGACAAAUAUAACUAAAACUCAGCUACCUUUCUGUGCUCUCACAUGCUUAUGUAGAGAUAGCUGUUCUAACAAGCGAUGAACCUCAGGACUCUGCUAGUGUUAAGUCAUCUCUCCAGGGAACUUCGUUGAGCUACAUUGCCACAAGCUGUGCCAACAGAAGUAGGGAGGAGAGGAGUGGCCUGGGCCAGGGUUCUAUGAGGGACAAAAUGAGUAAGGGAAAAGGCUUUGGCAUCACUUGUCCUUGGGCUGUUUUAAAAUUUUCUGGCAUUAUUUAUGUAGAAAGUAACUAGUUUAGUGUCAGAAGAGAGAGCUUCUUCUCUAAUUGAUAAACUAGAGAACCAAUAUGAAAAGCAUGAUGAAAGUCUCUUUCUCAUCUUCUCUGGAGACAGAUUGGUAAAAAGUAGAAACUAAAGAAAAGCUACUGUGGUUGAGAGUGUAUGGUGAGGAAAGUGACAGGAAAAAAGGGCCAUACUUAGACCCAUCUGGACCACUUCCAGGACUAUCUUAGUUUUCUUAGAGGUUUUCUAGCUGCCUGGCUACCUUGUCAUUGCUAUAUAAUGUGUCGGUGCUUUGUUAUGAUUUUUUUUUAAUGUGGCACUAGGAACCCUGCAUGUGCUAGGCUAGCACUCUACCACUGAGCUAGAUCAAGUGUGUGUUUACGCUUUGCUAAAAUGAUAGGAUCAUUAUUGACCUCAAUGACUGAACAAACCAGAGAGCAGGUAAAGGUUAAAAAGUUAUAAAAAUUUACAUGGAAGCACAUUUUCAAACUUACUGUACAUUUACUCAUACUAUUGUCAUACUCAUACAUUGUCAAAAAUGAAGUAGAAUAUAUUCCUACUGUUUUAAGUCAACUUGCAUGGCAAAUGUAUAAGAACCUGGCAUAGAGAACAAAAAUACAUAGUAAAAGUCUAAUGUAUUAUCCUGGUAGGUAGACUGAAUUUAUUCCACUAAAUUAAAUAUAGUUCUAAGCAUGAACUCUGAAAUGUUUACUGACCUGCAAAAAAAAGGGUUUUCUCAUUCACAUCAAUCUAAGUUUCUUCAAGAGUAGCCGAGAUACCUUUAUUUCAAGAUAUUAAGACAUUUAUCUUUCUACUAUCUGUAUAUCCAACAACUUCCAAGAUGUCAAUGUUUUACACCUUUUUAAUCACAGACUUACGAGAUAAAAAUGAUGUGUAGUGAGCUAGGCAGCAGACCUCAGGUCUCUGAAGUCCUUAUUCCCAAUCUAUUAGAUGACCUCUGUGGCUAUUACUAAAAAAAGGAAAUCCUAAAUUCAAAAUGUGACUUUAGUAUUGCCAUUCAAAAUAAAAAUCUGUGCACACUAUUGGAAUAACUCACUCACCAAAAUAACUAUCUUUUUAAUAUGAAAUUUCUUAGACUAUUUUACAGUCUGUUUACAAAAAAUAUAUCAA